GCAACAACCGCGGAAGAACGAAGAAGAAAAUCACUUCCGCACAGUCACAACUUCCCCGCCAGGUUUGCAGUGGAUUCUGUCACAAAAUGGCUAAAGUGAAAGACAAGAGGCGAGAGAAAAUCAGUGUCGCGACUGAGAUUGACCGUUUGGAGGAGCGGCGGGCGCGUUGCCAAGACAACCUGGAGAGGGCUGAGUUCAAGAGCAGGAGAGAGGAGCUCUCUGACAGGGACAGGCAAGACCUGGAGGACGAAAUGACUAUCAUCAAUGAGAGAGUGCUGAAGUUAGACAAGGAGCUGGAGGCGUUAAGGGGAGAUAAUCGGAUGAACAUGCUGCUGUCGGUCGCUCUGCUGGUUGUCAGCGCUCUCUUCUACUUUGUCUUUUUCUACAAUGAAACGGGGUCAUGAUAACGCCCGGCGGCAACUUAAAUCGACCUGUGUCUUGAAAGAACAACGACCACUGGACGACGUUUCCCUGAGAUGAAACACAAUGUUCCUGUGGGGAGAGAUGGAGAGCUGUGGUGCUGAAAUCCUUCAGGUUCCCUCUAGAUGGCAUCAUGGUCAUCGUCCUGACACCUUCUGGUCAUCGAAUAGAUGUUUCUCAUGCACAUCUACUUGGACUAGAGUAAUACGUUUAAAGAUAAUACUGGGGUAACCUGAGUGAUCAUUUUUCUCUUCAGCUUGAACACAGGUCGGUUUUCUGCCAGUUUACCCGCUUAUAAACAGUUAAAUGGAAAGUUUAUUACUUUUGCCUUAUGCCACAAAUAUACCAAAGUAGUGAUGCUUUUGUACAAUAUAUCAAAGAUAUACUUCAUCUAAUGGUGCCAAUAAAGUUUGCUUGUCUUUUGCUCACUUAAAAAGCAUGUGUGAUAAUGCAUGGUACACAUGUCAAAUGUACAGUUAAAUGUAUGAAAAUAUUAGUUUUUUCUCAAAAUAAGAGUUGCACAGUAUGUUAAAUUGUAACGGCAUAUAGAGAACCUGAAGAAUGUAAUAUUGUUUUUGAUACUCAUGUUGGAAAACUUUAUGAAUGUCAGAAAUGUCUCCUUAAUAUGCAUGAAUAAAAGUACUUGAUGCUAAUAUAUAACAUUAUUUUGCAUUACAAAGGCCUUUUUAAAGCUUAGUAUGGUUUGUGGCGUUUAUCAUAUGAUUCCUAGUUUUAAUAGAGACCCAAA